AUGUGUGGCUCCUCUCAAGGCUUCGCAGGCUCGUCCUCUGAGUGCAGCCCUGUCAUGUUAACCUCUGAAGGGUCACCGCACAGGACAGAGGUCAUGGCGGUUGCAAUGGCAGAGUCUGUGGACGCAGACAUGACAUUGUGGAGUGAGGCCGACUUCGAGGAGAAGUGCACAUACAUCGUGAAGGACCAACCGCUGGAAGAAGUGUCUAAAAACAACAGAAAGACACGAGCCGAGAGGUCCUUGCCCAGGAACUUGGCGCUGAAACGCAGGCUAGGCUGCUUGCAGGUGCUUGGAGUGACCAGCACGGAGUUGAUACCAAAGGGGACGCGCUUUGGGCCUCUGGUGGGGGAAAGAUACACCGACGAAAUGCUGCUGAAAGACGCCAAUAGAAAGUAUUUUUGGAGGGUCUUCUCCCAUGGGACUUUACACCACAUCCUGGAUGGUUUGAAUGAAGAAAAGAGCAACUGGAUGCGAUACGUAAACCCUGCAUGCGGCAUCGACGAGCAGAACUUGAUCGCGUGCCAGAGUGGUCUGGACAUCUACUUCUACACCAUUAAGCCUCUUCUUCCAGGCCAGGAGAUGUUGGUGUGGUACUGCUCGGAACUAGCUCAGCGUUGUAACUACCCACCACUGGGGCAGCUAGCCAUGGACUGUGCUGAGCACCAUCAAUUACAGAAGAAGAUAACAGAGAAACGAGGACACAGCGUGACAGAGAUACUCAGAAAAGAACCCCCAAAACCUCUUACUAGCAUUCACCAACAAAUGGACAGUUCUUCAUCUCAGGGUAACCCCUCAGUUUUCCCAACAGUCUACCCAAUUCAGCCACCUUCUGAAUCUGUCCAUAGAUAUGCAGCUCUGCCACCUCUACCACCUUGUAGUCCUCCGGCUGCCAAAAAAACUGCUUUAAGUAUCCACAUUCCUCCUAAUUUGCACUUCAGUUUCCAGCACAGCCCAGGCCAUGUUCUAGCCAAACCUUACCCAGAACUCUCAGUACACGAUCGGGUUUAUCCUACCUUUAGGCACGCUCCGUAUUUCCUUCCCCACUACUCAACUUGCCCUGACAGAAUUCUACCUCACCCAUACUUGUCGUACCCUGAUCGACUAAAACCCUACCUGACACUCUCCACUCAUUUAAUGCCUUUUGAUGGCUAUGCAAACCUACCCCAUUCAAGAAACAAGAACUUUGCACUUGCACUAACAAAUACCAAAGAAGACCUCAUUACUUCUGCAACUGAGGAUACCAAAAAUGAAAACAACCUCACAUCUCGAAGCGACGAUCUCAAGAUUAUUUCCAAGCAUCCAGAGGAUGCAGACCUCCCUUUACCAUCAACAUCCAGCGUCACAUCUGUGUUCACCAACCAAUGCAAAGCGCAGCCCUCGUUCUUGCCUGGAGGAUGUUCUCCACCACUGGGUACGGCGGCUUCAUUCGACCAUGUCCCCUCAAAACCUACAACGCCCUUGCAAAGCAACACCACACAUGCAAUGGACCUCAGGAAAGGCAAACGAGAGGACCAUGUGACUGGCUACAAGACCUUGUCGUACCCACUCACCAGGCAGAAUGGGAAAAUCCGGUACGAGUGCAAUAUCUGCAGGAAGGUCUUUGGCCAACUCUCAAACCUCAAGGUCCACCUGCGAGUGCACAGUGGCGAGCGCCCCUUCAGAUGCCAAACCUGCAACAAGAACUUUACACAGCUGGCCCAUCUGCAAAAACACUACCUAGUUCACACUGGGGAGAAGCCCCAUGAAUGCAAGGUAUGCCACAAGCGAUUCAGCAGCACUAGUAAUUUAAAGACCCACCAAAGGUUGCACUCCGGCGAGAGGCCUUACCAGUGCAAAAUGUGCCCAGCCCGGUUUACUCAGUUCAUCCACCUGAAGCUCCACAAACGUCUCCACACUGGGGAGCGUCCAUACCGGUGUCCCUGCUGCCCCUGUGCCUACUUCCACCAGUGUAGCCUUCAGGUACAUCUUCGGGGCUUCUGCCCUCUCUCACCCUCUCCUCCGCACAAUCACUCCUCCGAGGAACUCCACAAGGUCAACUCAGAGAUCGAAAGGUUCGACCUGAGCGAAGCGGCCGAGCAGCUCGAAGCCAUGGCGGCAGAGGCCAAGAUGGACAAAAGGGAUGUGCUUGACCUCAUACAAAGGAUGGACAGUCGAACCUUCAACCAGCAGGACAGUGCUACGGGGGUCUCUGAACUCUUUGAUUCAGUAAAGAAAGUUUCAUUUAUGCAAAUUCUCCACGGAUCUCAUCUACCUCUGCAUCCCAGCACCAUCAAGCGGGAGUCAGGCUGCAUGUCAGAGUCUGAAGACGGCUUUGGUAAUCCAGCCAUAUAA